UGCUUGUUCCUCUUCUUUUAUUCACUUAUACAAGUACUUGGAAAGGUACUUCUUGAAUCUUUUGACACACCAUCUCUUUCAACGCUACUCUCCGCCAUUUGCUCACCACCUUACCGGAGGUGAUCGUCCAAGCUUUAUUUACUUCCCCAGCUCCUCCUCUCCUCCACCAGGUCGAUCAUCCUAUAUCUACUACUCUCAUCCACUCCUCUCCUUCUCCUCUUCUUCCUCUUCGCCACACUCUCCACUCCAUCAACACUACCGCACCACUUCACCACCUCACCACAACUCAACACAACACAACACAGCUCUCACGCUCUCAAGUCUCUCUACGACUCGAGAUCAUCUCUUUUCUCACAAUCCAGAUCGUGCAGACAAUACUCCACAAGCAUGUAUCCCCUACUGCCUUGGAGUCAAAACCAGUCGAGUGUCCGCUCCUCGUUGAGUGAGGCUACCACCAGCACCCAGACGGUUUCUUUCAGCUUCAGCUAUGGCAGCUCCUGCUCGCCGAGCUCCUUGCCGCCUCCACCGCCUCCUUCUCCCAACGACUCUCUGCUCGACAUCACUCCUCGCAAGUGCUCUUUCUCCAGCAGCUAUGGACUGAACAACUCGUGCGCCUUCCCCUCCUGGCCCAACCGACCAUCCCUUCUGAGCGCCGAUUCCGAGGGCUCGACUGCAAGUGCCUAUCUGUCCGAUGAGGAUCUCUUCCCCAAUGGUUUCGACGUGCCUUCAGACAGUGCUAUCGACGAGGAGUCCGCAGCACAGGACCCCGCCAUGGAUCUGACGACUGAGCAGCAGAUCCAGAUGCUACGCGCCGCAGCCGAUGAGGAGCAACAGCGCGCACGUUUCCUGGCCCAGGUCCAAGCACAUGCCAGAGCCCAGCAAGCCAUGCGUGUGGCCCAAGUGGCAGCUACAGAGCGCGAGAAUGCCAAACGCAACAAGAAGCGCAAGGCCGUGCCAGAGCGGAAAAGGCGCACCACCUCGGGGACCAAGGCGACUAUUUGCCGGGUCUAGAGACUAGACAUCCGCUUCUGUACAAUCAUUCUCAUAUCUCAGCGUUCUUGUGCAUGUUUCACUAUCGAUACCCCCGCCCCCCCACGGUCCAUUACCGUGGAGAUUAGGGCUGUCCCAUGAUCAGCGCCGUUUUAUCCCGCCGACAUUGGGCUUGAUCAUAUGCGAUCAGCGAUUCGCAUUCCGGCUCUUUUUCUUUCUUCUCUCCUCGACAACUAUCUAAUUACUUUUUCAACAACAUUCCUUCUGCUUUCCUCUCUUCUGUAUCUGGAUAUCAGCCAGAUGAUCAGGCUCUUAACCCCCCCCCCUGUCGAAGCGACCAGUCAGGACUGUUUUCCGAGGGAGAGGUUCAGGCGCCCAGACAUCACAAGGCGUGCUGCAUCCGAUUAUUCUCGAACGGGGAUUUUCCAUGCUAGGAAAUCAAGGCGAAGACA